AUGGAAAUCCUGGUCGGAGGCGUGGAGACGUGCGCCACCCAGCCCCCAACCCCCCGCCACAGGCGCAGAGACGUGCGCCACCCCGCCCCCAUCCCCCCGCCACAGGGGCAGAGACGUGCGCCACCCAGUCCCAACCCCCUGCCACAGGCGCAGAAGAGCGCGCCACCACGCCCCCUACCCCCGCCACAGGCGCGGAAGAGCGCGCCACCCAGCCCCCUACCCCCCGUUACAGGCACGGAGAAGAGCGCCACCCAGCCCCCUACCACCCGUUACAGGCACGGAGAAGAGCGCCACCCAGCCCCCUACCCCCCGCCACAGGCGCGGAGAAGAGCGCCACCCAGCCCCCUACCCCCCGCCACAGGCGCGGAGAAGAGCGCCACCCAGCCCCCUACCCCCCGCCACAGGCGCGGAGAAGAGCGCCACCCAUCCCCCAACACCCCGCCACAGGCGCGGAGAAGAGCGCCACCCAGCCCCCUACCCCCCGUUACAGGCACGGAGAAGAGCGCCACCCAGCCCCCUACCCCCCGCCACAGGCGCGGAGAAGAGCGCCACCCAGCCCCCUACCCCCCGCCGCAGGCGCGGAAAAGAGCGCCACCCAGCCCCCUACCCCCCGCCGCAGGCGCGGAGAAGAGCGCCACCCAGCCCCCUACCCCCCGCCGCAGGCGCGGAGAAGAGCGCCACCCAGCCCCCUACCCCCCGCCGCAGGCGCGGAGAAGAGCGCCACCCAGCCCCCUACCCCCCGUCACAGGCGCGGAGAAGAGCGCCACCCAGCCCCCUACCCCCCGCCGCAGGCGUGGCGAAGAGCGCCACCCAGCCCCCUACCCCCCGCCGCAGGCGCGGAGAAGAGCGCCACCCAGCCCCCUACCCCCCGCCGCAGGCGCGGAGAAGAGCGCCACCCAGCCCCCUACCCCCCGCCGCAGGCGCGGAGAAGAGCGCCACCCAGCCCCCUACCCCCCGCCGCAGGCGCGGAAAAGAGCGCCACCCAGCCCCCUACCCCCCGCCGCAGGCGCGGAGAAGAGCGCCACCCAGCCCCCUACCCCCCGCCGCAGGCGCGGAGAAGAGCGCCACCCAGCCCCCUACCCCCCACACAGGCGCGGAAGAGAGCACCAUCCUUUAGAAUUGGAAUGUCUACUGCUACAAAUUUAA